AUAGUGAUUUGAAUAAUGAAAUUAACAUAAUCAUGUAAAUAGUGAGCUUUCAAAGGACGUAUUUAGUACUGAGGCUAGGAUUGAAUAAUAUCUUUCGAACUUGAGUUUGGUAUCCGUGUUCUAAUAGCUGAAAUGAAAGGGUUCUUAAACUCUGAUGUUACUGUCUCUCACAGUGAAGACAAAUGGAUCAAAAAGUGUCAAGUGAAUUGCGACAGCCGGUGCCCUUCAGCGUGAGAGGCCCAACAAUGAUAACCAUCGAUAAGGAGCAAAAUACUGGCUCUGGCUGCUCUGUAAUAGACAUUGAGUUCCCAGUGCCAUCCAGCAUAGGAGAAGUGACACUAAUAAACUAUUACACAGCCUGGUUGUGUGUCCUGGUGCGACCAUGCAGUGUGUCUGAGCUUGUAGCUCGGAGGACUGAAUAUAGCCCUGAGGGAAACGCAGCCACAGAUGCAGCCGGUGGGGCCACACCCAAGCCUUCUCCCCCCAGGACUCAAGACGGCUGGGUGAUGUCGAUACGCUGCCACACUCUCAUGAGCCACCCUCACUACGAGCAGGGCAGCCAGGACUUUGUGUCGCUGCCCAACUCGCUGAGUGCCGUCAAGUGGGACGGCCUGCUCGCCAUGCGGCUGGUGCUGUUCCAGCCGUCGCCCGUCUGGAAGACCUUCCACAUGGAGCAGAUCGCCCUGUAUCACGACGCCCCUCGCCACGCGGCACCCGCCAGAGGUGACGCUUCCGGAAGCGGUCGCAGGAGCAGCACGCUGGUGUCCUUGAUGCAUUUCCAAACCCAAGUUGCUCUGGAGCAAAGUCGCAGGGUUGACGCCGGUGGAAACAAAGAACUGCCUGGACCUUGUAGUUAUGAAUUUUGUGACUUAUUAGCAGACAUGUAAUUCCUGAAGUAACAUGAAUUUUUUAAAGUUCCAAUUGUAAUUUUUGUUUAUAUUGAAUGAAUAUUAAUGUAGCUAAAAAAUUGUUAUGCUUGACCGAUUAAAAAGUUCUUCAUUGGUACAGCA